CAUGUCCUGAACAAUAUCCCAGCCCUCAUGAAGACUGUGCCGCUGCACUCACAGAAGAAGCAACUUAGGGGUCCCCAGCUGCUGAAGGCCGCUGAGCAUGUGGGGAGAGGUCGCGUCUGUGACCCUAAAAGUGUCGCAGCCUCAGCCGGCUCACAGCCCCCUGGAGAAGCCGCCCAGCACGGCCAUCCUAUGCAACACGUGUGGAAAUGUGUGCAAGGGGGAGGUGCUGCGGGUGCAGAACAAGUACUUCCACAUCAAGUGCUUCAUCUGCAGAGCGUGCGGCUGUGACCUGGCGGAGGGCGGCUUCUUCGUGCGGCAGGGCGAGCACAUCUGCACCCGGGACUACCAGCGGCUCUACGGCACACGCUGCUGCAGCUGCGAGCAGCUCAUCGAGGGUGAGGUGGUGUCGGCGCUGGGCAAGACCUACCACCCCGCCUGCUUCGUGUGCGCCGUGUGCCGGCUGCCCUUUCCACCCGGGGACCGAGUGACCUUCAAUGGGAAGGAAUGCGUGUGCCAGAAGUGCUCCCUGCCUAUGCAAGCGGGCAGCAGCCCCCAUGGGCCACUUGGCCUGCGGAGCUGUGGAGGCUGUGGCCUGGAAAUCAAGAACGGGCAAGCGCUGGUGGCACUGGAAAAGCACUGGCACCUGGGCUGCUUCAAGUGCGAGACCUGCGGGAAGCAGCUGAGCGCCGAGUACAUCAGCAAGGAGGGGCUGCCCUACUGUGAGGCUGACUACCACGCCAAGUUUGGGAUCCGCUGCAGCAGCUGUGAGAAGUUCAUCACGGGGCGCGUGCUGGAGGCGGGGGACAAGCACUACCACCCUUCCUGCGCGCUAUGCGUCAGGUGUGGCCAGAUGUUUGCGGAAGGCGAGGAGAUGUACCUGCAAGGCUCUACCAUCUGGCACCCAGCAUGUCGACAGGCGGCCAGAACUGAGGACAAGAGCAAGGUGCAGAGUCCCCGGUGUGGCCAGGCCUGCGUUGGCUCUGUGCCCUGUGCCUUACAGGAAACCAGGACGUCCUCCGAGAGCAUCAUUUCCGUCCCGGCUUCCAGCACAUCCGGGUCUCCGAGCCGCGUGAUCUACGCCAAGCUCGGCGAUGAGAUUCUGGACUACAGGGACCUGGCAGCGCUCCCCAAAAACAAGGCAAUCUACAACAUCGACCGUCCCGACAUGAUCUCCUACUCGCCCUACAUCAGCCACUCUACUGGGGACCGGCAGAGCUACAGCGAGUCACCUCAGUUGCUCUCGCCAACACCGACCGAGGGGGAUCAGGACGACCGGUCCUACAAGCAGUGCCGGACCUCCAGCCCCAGCUCCACUGGCUCUGUCAGCCUCGGGCGCUACACCCCGACCUCGAGGUCACCCCAGCACUACAGCCGUCCAGCUGGUACUACAAGCGUUGGUACCAGUAGCUGGCUCUCCCUGUCCCAACACCCAAGCCCCACCUCCGCGUUCCGACAUCAUUACAUCCCCUACUUCCGAGGCAGCGAAAGCGGCCGCAGCACACCCAGCCUCUCGGUGCUGUCAGACAGCCGGCCGCCCUCCGCCACCUACCAGCAGGCACCGCGCCACUUCCACGUCCCAGACACUGGCGUAAAAGAUAACAUCUAUAGGAAACCCCCUAUCUACAAGCAGCAUGGUCCUGUAGUCCAAUCCCCAAUGUCCAAGCUCUCUGGCCUGGUGUCAGUCUUGUCCUUGGUGGUGCAGGAGGCGGGGCGCUCCAAAAGACUGGCAGGGUCCAGCCCGCCCCUGGCUGCAGCUGCCCGGCGAUCGGAUGGGGAAGACGGAAGCUUCGACCAGGAUAACAGGAAGAAGACCAGCUGGCUGCUGCCCAAGGGAGAUGCUGACCUAAGGACAAACUCUCCAGACCUGGACAGCCGGUCUCUAUCGCACAGUAGUGGGCUGGAGCGAGAGCCACUCCCGAGGGCGCCUGUAGACAGCUUCUGCUCACGUGAGUGGCUCUUCUGAGCCGGGCGCUGUGCUGUGCCCAAAGGCCUCCAGCUUCGGGGCCCCUGCUGCACAGCCAUCUCAGGACACAUGACAGUGAGCUGGCCCUGGAGGGCAGCCCAGAUAGGAGAGCAGAGGCUCUCCUCCUCCAAUGCCACCCUCGCCCUGACAUGAGUCGACCGAUGUGCACACAGAGGCCAGGGCACAGGGUCUCCUGGUGACACUUCCAGAGUGGGCAGGCAGGGAUCCCAAGUCAUGCUAGGAAAGUACCCUCAGGGCCCGAUUCCCCCAGAGUGGAUGGGGGCAUGGUCUAGAGCAAGUCCAGAGCUGGAACUGGCGACAGGGUGCCCUGGGUGAGGUGCUGGAGAGGCCCGGGUGACAAGGCCACCAUUGCCCACCACUGGGAUGUUGUGAAGACUGAGCUGGGAAGGUCGUGUCCGUUGCUGUAAAUCCUAGACAAAGUCAAGGCAAGAGCCACUGGAUUCCCUGGGGACCUCCUGGGAGCACCUCUGGGUCCCAGCCGGCUAGGGUCUUUGUACAUGGUCCAGGUGGGGUCUGAGGGUGGAAGCAGAGGCAGGAAGAGGGGGCGUGAUUUGAGGCACAGAGGACAGGUCCAGCUGUGCAGGAGACAGAUCCUCGCCCGUGUGUGACCAAGCUACCUCAUGCAUCUUCAGGAGACUUGGCUAGGGCCCAGGGGUGCCCUGCCUGGCAGGUGGUAGGUGCUCGAGGAAAGGCUGCCACCCAUCCUCACCCUCACUGCGGUGAUUCUGAGCAGCACUGCGUUACCACCCGUGAAAGUGGCCCCUGGGAGAGGGACACGUGAGGUGCAGAACCCUGAGCCGUGGUUGUUACAGGGCGGCUGUGAACUAGGACAGGCGUGCUCUUCGGCGUGGGCCUCUGUGCACAGCGGUCCUCCUGCUUCCACCCUCUGGGCCUCAGAGCCAGUGCCUAAGGCUGGGGUCGGCCUGGCAAAGGGCACUGACAUAGUCCCCUGGGGUCUGCAGGGUGCGGUGUGUAGGGCCUGCUCUCCCCUGUGGCUGGCUGAGCCUCCCGGGGGCAGCCACUCACUGUCCUGCAGCCCUUGCCCUGCAUGCGUGGCCCCUCAUGUGCCCCAGCUCAGGAGCAGCCCGGCAGCCCCGCCUGCCCUGAUCACUGGCUCCAGUACCAAGUGUGGACAUCCGGGUAUCAGAAGAGGGCGCUCUCCAGCUUCCCGUCCUUCCCUGGGGGGUAGGGGCGCAGGCCUCAUCUGCCAUCCUGGUUCCCCCUGCCCGUGACUGCUGUCCCUAGCAAUUCCUGCUGUACUCUGUGGCUCAGGACUGAGAGAGGGGACAUUGCAGGAAGGCGCCCCUUUGGAGACAGCUGCCACUGUUGAGCUGAGUGACCCGCAAUGUAUAGCCCUCAUCCCAUACCCUGCUCAUCUGCGAAUGCCAAGUGUGGGUGCUCUGGCCAUCCUAGGACACAUGGGCUGAUGGGCAGAGGUCUCUGAAGGCCACCCACAGCUGCAGGGACCUGCCGGCCGCCUCCACCGCUUCUGCCACCCCCAUUGCACGCCACGCUGGCCCCCAGCUGCAGGAGCCCAGUGGCCCACAAACCUCCUGCACGGCACACACACUGUGGAUGUGUCCUCCCCUCUGCCACACUUGCCGUGCAGCCACGACCAUGGCUGCAUCCUGCCUCGCUUUCCAGGGCUGCCUGGGUCAGCAUUGCACACAGGAGCCCUGGGUCUCUCUGUGUCUGUUUCUGUCCCCGUGACAUGGCCUUGUUUCCUCAUGUGGCCAAGGACCGGCUGCGAGUUAGACCUGUCCAGAUGAGCCUUGCCAUCUGCCCCAUCAGCCUGUGGGCUCCGUGCUCUUUUCCCGGCUCCGGGCCCGUUGUACCCACCUCUGACUGUGCGGAGCCUCAGCACCUGGCAAGCUGUGCCCGCCUGCCCCAGGGCUGCCCCUCACAGCAAGCGGAGGGAGGGGGACUGUGAUGCUUAGCACAGUGGGCGCUCAAUAAAUGUUGGUUGAAUUAA